AUUUAAUAAUAUUAAUUAAGACGUUAUCUCAUUCCUGUUAAUUAAAGCAAAUCAAAUGAAUUUCGGUAAAACGACGAGUAUUAUUAUUAGCGGUAGCGCGUUCUUCUAUUUAUUAGCACAGAGUACAAAAUUUAUUAGUUCACGAAUUAAAAUAGAGCGUCAACUAAAGUCGUCUGAUUACUCGUUGACCACAUCUCAUUGUUGCAUAUGUAAUUCUGAAAAAGUGGAUGAUACAAAUGUUAACUUUGUAACUUGUAAAGGUUGUGAAUCUUUAGUCUGCACAAAGCAAUCGUGCUCAGAACAUGUGACUGAUUUGGAUAUUUGGGAAUGUGAUCGUUGUCGAAAAAAUCGAAUUGUUCAGCAAAAAACGGGAGAAUGGUUCUUAAAACAGCUCAAAGAUUUUUCGGCAUUCAAUUUUGAAAUGGCACUUGGUGAAAACAUUUUAAACCUUCAAAACGAGAACGGAAAUAAAGUAAUUAUUUCAAAAGUCCGUGGGCUGAUCGAAAAGUGCUUAAUUAAAAUUCUUAAUGGAACAGAUUUAGAUGCAACGUCAAUUGAGCAAAUUAGUGAAAGUGAAGAGUAUCUACCAAAUUCCAGCUGCAUCAAUACAGACUAUGUGGAACUCAAAAGAUUCGUAAAUCGGGUCUGUCAGGAAGUCAUCAAUAUAUCAGAUACUCUUGAAUUCUCAGAUGCAUCAGUUCCUAAAUCUUCCUUUGAUCCUCAAACAUACGAAGAGCUCCUGGCGACUGCUGUUCUUAAUAAGAUAACUACCGAUUUUCAACACAGAAAAAAAUAUGGUAUGAAUAGUCAACUGCCAGCAGAAAAAGAUACGGAAAUAGCCAAUGACGACGAAGAUAUUGACUUUAGUAACUUCUACUACGAUAAAAUGCAUCUCGAUAAAAUCCAAAGUCACAAAAUUUCAUUGCCGGACCUGCUUAAUGAAUUUGACACCCUAAAUGAUGAAGAUUAUGAGAAUGGGAAUCACAGUGGAAGUUGGGAAGGAAAUUGGUCUUUGAAAAGGUUUCCAACAGCCAAUAUAUCAAUGCUUAUUCCUGAGCCUAAAUUUGGUGAUGAGAAACCAAAAAUCGGUGAAAAGGAUAUAGACGAACUUAGUGAUUCCUCAAAUAAAGAUACAAAUUCUGAAGACCUUGAUGCGAUUUAUGAAGACGAAAAUGAAGUUGAGAAGCACAUGUCAUACAUUGAUUCAUUGGAAGAUAAUGAAGAAAUAUUUGCAAGUAUUCUUGAAACUGCUGAUAUUAAGGAAGAACCAGAAAAUUUCAAUGACGACCAAAAGAGUAUUUCAAAAUUCGAUAACAGUUAUGACAUUGAACUUGAGAAUGAAGCAAUUUUUAACAAUAUAAGUGAAAUUAAAGGAAAUAUUGAUGAAAUUUUUGAACAAAUCUUGGGUACAGAGAGUGACAGCAGUAAUCAAAAACUACAGAACGAAUCAAUUGAAAUUUCAACAGAAAAUGUGAUCAACAAAGAUAACGAACAAAAUACCAAAAUUGAAAGUCCAACGAUUGAGGAAAGCAAGGCAAAAUAUAAGAGUCCACUUUUUUCUCAGUACCUUAUUGAACCCAUUCAGCCAAUAAAAAUUUCGGAAGCGCUUAAAAAUGUUCCAAAAAUCCAAGAAAAAAUAACCGAAGCUUCUGAAUUAAGAGAAAAUAAGACAGUUGCAAUUGCCAAUAACUUGGAACUUGAAAAUUUUACACAGCCACUUUCAAUAAUGAAACCAGAGAACCUUAAUAUAAUCAAACCAAAGAAUGACGUUGAAGACAAUUCACCUCCAAUUCCUGGAUCAAUUGCCGAACGAGAGCAUCUCAAAUGGCUUAAAGCCAUUCCAAUUGAAAAUAAUCCUUAUUCACCAGAAGCUUUACAUAAAAGAUUGUCUCGAACACAUGAUAAACAUUUUGACAUAAGUUCUGAUAAGCAUGCUGAUGAAGUUCCAUCAAAUAACUUUGAUGAGAGACAACUGACGGAUGAUAUCACUAAGUAUAAGCGUGACUAUUACAUCAAUCAAAGUUCGGUAUCAACAGAAUCAAUAAACAUGCCUAAAAAUGAGUCCGAAGAAAACGAUGUUAAUUAUGCUGCAUAUAAUUCUUUAGAACAACAAAAUGACAGUAGUCUCACAACUAGCGACGAUUCAUUAACUAGAAUUUACACUUUGAGUUCUCAAGAAACUGUCAUCAUUCCAUCACAUAAAUUAGAACAUGAGUCACAUGAAGACGUAGAGCAUGAAGUGAAAAAGUUUGACAUUGCCGAAGAAAACAUUCUAUUGCCCUCAGUGAAGAAGCUUGCUGAAUUUUAUGCAAGCUCGACUAAUCUUUCUGAAGUUAAUUCAAAGGAGCCCGAGGAAAUGAACAUUCCCGAAGGAAUCAGCAAAAUCACUUCAAAGAAGUAUGCUACUUCAGAUACUCCAGCAAACCCAAUAGCAUCAAUUACAGCCAGAACAUUGCCUCCAAAAAUAAAGGAAGAAUUGAGGAAAUCCUUACAUGAUGAUUUGACAGUAAUUCGCCAUAAUGAACGAAACGUAAGUCCAGAUAUCAUCCAACAUGGAAUGGCAAAGAAUAGUAUUGCAUACUUUGAAAAUUUUUACAAAUAAUUUAUUAAAUGACAAUUUCAUUCUGUA